UGUUGAGCAGAGGGAUAAAGGCAAACUCGACUAGCUCACAAGCCACUCUGGUAGCAAGAUGGCGAUCACACUCCUGAUCCUCUGCUGUGUGGUCACUGCGCUGGACGCCCAGCCUCCCAGGUGGCUCAUCACUGCUCCAAACAUUAUUCAUCUUGGAGCAGAGGAGACAGUGAGCAUGCAGAUUCAUGGAGCAAGUGAACCUGUAGAUGUUGAUCUCUAUAUAAGACACCCAAGAACACACGACAUUCUCACAUCAACAGAACACAUAACUCUCAGUGAAGAUAACAGAUUUCAAGCCGUGGUCAAACUAAAGGUGGACCCCAAGCUAUUCAAAUAUGCCCAAGAUCAAAGGCCUGUGAAAAAAUAUAUCCAAUUGUAUGCCAAUUCCCCAAAGUUUUUUGAUAAACCACAAAUGGUAAACAUCCAUGUGUCAACCAAAAGGGGUUACAUUUUCAUUCAGACUGACAAGCCAAUCUACACUCCUGGAGAGACUGUCAAAUACAGGAUCUUCACGUUAGACCAGUACAUGCUUCCAAAAGAUGAACAGAUCAACCUUAGAAUAUUUAACUCCAAAGGCUUAGUAGUCCGUGGGAAUUUAUUAAAAUCAAAUGAAAUCACUCAGCAGAUUGUCAGCAUCCCUGACACUGAACCAGCUGGACACUGGAAAAUAGAAGCAUAUUUUUCUGGUGCACCUGAAUCAAAUACCACAGUUGAGUUUGAGGUGAAAGAAUAUGUGCUGCCAACAUAUGAGGUGAAGAUUGAAGCAGUAAAACCAUACUACACACUGGGAGAAGAGAGCUUCCAGUUGUCUGUUUCUGCAAGGUAUACCUAUGGGAAAACUGUUGAUGGUGUCGCUUACAUCCGAUUUGGGAUCAUUGACCAGAAAAUGAAUAGAAUCUAUCUACCAGGUCUUCAGAUCGAGACACAGAUUAUGGAUGGCCGUGCAAGUGUCAAACUCCUUACUGAACAUUUUCAAGAAAAAGUAAAAGAGACAAAUAUUACAGACCCAGAAGGUUGCCAUCUUUAUGUUGCUGUAACUGCUUUGGAGAAGGCCAGUGGAGACUUUGAAGAGGCAGAAACCAGCUCUGUGAAGAUAGUGACAUUACCCUAUAUGAUUGACAUGUCCAGGACCAAGAAGUACUUUGCCCCUGGCAGCAAGUUCUCCAUUUUGGCCACAGCCACCUAUCCUGAUGGCACCCGUAUCCCAAACGUGAAGCUAAAUGCUGCCAUUACUGUGAAAUUAACAGACCAAACAGAAAACAUCAUUAAUAAAGAGGUUGUAGCGACUAAAGAGGGAGUUACUGAUAUUCCUUUUGAAGUUCCCAAACAAGCUACAUCCCUAGAUAUCAAGCUAUCUGCUGAAGGAGAGAACACACCCUCUGGACAAAUGAUGGUGAGAGCAGUCGAAGACACACAGGAUUAUCUCAGCAUUGAGAUGGAGCAUCGUGUUCUUGCGCCAGACCAGGAGCUAACAGCUCGCUUCAGAGACAUCUCUCCAGCUGGCACGACCCGGCCCUCCCACAUCUACUACAUGGUCCUGAGUAAAGGUAAAACCUUGCAGACAAAGAGUGUUCAGACAACUUCAAGUGAACUCACAGAAAUCACCCUCCCGUACAGCACUGACAUGGCGCCCUCUUUCCGUCUGCUCGCAUACUACUUCAGAGGCUCGACAAUAGUGGCAGACUCAGUCUGGGUGGAUGUCAUGGAUAUCUGCAAGGGGAAGAUUGAGAUCAGUCCAUUGAGAGACCACAAGCCUGCAGAGAUUGUGAAUGUGGAGGUGAAAGCAGACAGCCGCAGUAAAGUUGCACUGGUGGCUGUGGACUCAGCUGUGUACAUCCUAAACAAACAGAACAAGUUGACCACACAGAAGAUGUUUGAUUACAUGAACUCUUAUGAUCUGGCCUGUUCUGUCGGAGGAGGGAAGAAUGCCCGGUCUGUUUUUUGGGAUCUAGGCCUCAUUUGGAUAUGCAACUGUGACAUGCCAAAUAUUCUCUCCAGGCACAGUCACUCUUGCUCCACUGAAAAUCAACGGUCCAAAAGAGCAAACACAGUUAAUGACUUCUCUUCUGUUGUCAUGAAGUACGGGGAAGACGUCCGGCCAUGCUGUGCUGAUGGAGUCCGGUAUAACCGGUUGGAACUCACCUGUGAACAGAGGUUUAGAAGGACUGCUGGCAAGUCCAAAAAGUGCAGAGACGUGUUUUUUCAAUGCUGUAAAACAGCUACUGAGAUGCGAAAGGCAACGCGAAAAUACAGCCUUGCAAGAAGCCACAGUAAUGAGGUAGAUGAAGCCAUCGAUGGGACAGAUGUGCAGCUGAGGAGCUAUUUUCCAGAGUCUUGGAUGUGGCAUCUAAUGGAGACAGAUGAGAGCGGUCAGCUCAGGCACUCUCUACCAUCUCCCGAUUCUAUCACGACCUGGGAAAUCCAAGCCGUGGGGAUCUCUCCAAGUCAAGGCUUCUGUGUUGCAGAGCCCAAACAAUUGAAGGUGUUCCAGGACUUUUUUGUGUCUGUGAAGUUGCCAUACUCAGUGAAAAAGAAUGAGCAGCUGGAGUUGAAAGUUGUGGUGUUCAAUUACAAGGACACAGAGUUGAAGGUGACUGUGGAGAUGCUGCCCUCUGAGGGCUUGUGUACUGCUGGGGGAGACAGAGCCAAACAGAGCAUCACAGUCUCUGCCAACUCGGCGUCUUCCGUGUAUUUCACCGUGGUGCCCCUCGAAAAGGGCACAUUUCCCAUCACCAUUCUGGCCCACAGUUCAAGCAAUGUAGCUGAUAAAAUACAGAAGGAGCUCAGAGUUGAGGGGGAAGGGGAGCUAGUCUCUGUUUAUCAUCAGCACAUCAUCAACAGUAAAGCUGACAAGCUGGACUUUGACAUCCCAACACCUUCUGACAUGGUUCCUGGAGAUGAACCAGAGACCUAUAUGAGCUUCAAAGGGGGUGUGAUGGGAGAGUCUGCGAGUAACUGUCUGAACCUGGAGGGCAUCGAGAAGAUGAUUAUUCUGCCGAAGGGCUGUGCAGAUCAGACCAUGGCAGAGAUAUCCCCUGCCGUCAACGCCAUGAAGUACCUGGACGCCACUGACCAGUGGCUCAACCUGAGAGCUGACCGUAGGGAUGAAGCCCUGUCCAUGAUCAAGAGUGGUUACAGCAAAGUCUUGACAUACAUGAAAGCAGAUGGUUCUUACGGGAGUUUCUCUUCAUCCCCAAGCAUUAUCUGGAUUACAGCAUUUGUUGCCAAAGAACUCACUAAAGCCAGUGAAUACAUUCCCAUUGAGGAUUCCUACAUAAAGAAGUCCAUAACCUACAUCAUCUCCAAACAGACCCAAGGUGGCUCUUUCCAGGGCAUCAGUCCCUCUAAUGGCAGAAGUAUACAGGGUGGAGUUGGGAAAUCAUCUGGAGGUGCGGCACUGACUGCUUAUGUUCUCAUAGCGAUGCACCAGGCUCUGCCUGUCUUUGACACUUUUGAGUCUACACAAGUGAGAAUGGCCAUGGAGAGUGCGCAGAGCUACCUGGAGCAGCAGUUGAACUCCCUGGAGGACCCUUAUUCUGUAGCCAUCACAGCCUAUGCCCUCUCACUGACCCAGCCUCAGAGCUCAGCAGCAGCUCAAGCACAGAAGAAGCUUAGAGGCCUGGCCAUCUGCGAUACAAGUAAAAAUAUGUGUUUCUGGGCACCAAAAAAGGCCCAGAGCCCUGACGUCAAGGCACGAGCAGACCCGCUGUCUUUGGAGACCACAGCGUACGCCCUGCUACAGACCCUGGCCGUGGGCGACACUCAGUAUGCCAGGAAAAUUGCGUCAUGGAUAACGGAACAGCGCAAGUUUGGGGGAGGAUUCCACUCCACCCAGGAUACAGUUGUUGCCCUGGAGGCCCUUGCCACAUUCAGCGAGCAGAACAAUGAUGUGAACGACCUGGACCUCACUGUGGAGAUGUGUUUUCAAGAUGGCCGAAAGGAUGUGGUGAGAUUGACAAAACGUAAUGCUCUCACCCAGCCAGCCAUCAAGAUCAUGAAAGGGGGAAAAGUCUCCGUUCACAUUGAAGGAGAAGGAGACGGCACUUUGUCGGUUGUGCAGAAUUACAGGAGCCUGAAAAGGCCUGACUCAGCCUGUGACGAAUUCUUCCUCAAUGUCACGGUUGAAGGGGAAGUGGAAUUUGAACCGAUCCCAGACUUUGACAACCUGUAUGAUUAUCUGAACUUUGAUGGUGAGAUGCCACAGAAGGAUGACCCAAUGAGCCGGAUGGACUGGUUUGACCUGCGCACCCGUAGGAAGAGACAGGCCCCUGCACAGGAGAAGAAGGAGAAGUCUCUGACCUACACAGUCUGUUAUGGGAUGCUAAAAGGGGUGUCUAAAGGGAUGGUCAUCGUGGACAUCUCUCUACUGAGUGGGCUUAUCGUAAAUGUUAAGGACCUUGAGGAGAAAGUAAAGGGCACAGAGAAGUACAUCGACCACUAUGACUUAGGAUCCAACAGAGUGUACCUCUACUUCAAUCAGAUAACAAACACCACGGAGUGUCUGCAGUUCACAGCGGAACAAAUUGUACCUAUUGGACUAGUCCAGCCAGCUGUUGCUGUAAUCUACGACUACUAUACUCCAACUAAGAAAUGUGGAGUUUUCUACAGUGCACCCCACACAAGUACUAUGGUUUCCAAGCUGUGUGAUGGAGAUCUCUGCGCUUGUGCAGAGGGUUCCUGUCCUACACCUAAAGUGACUUUCAGUGGAAACAUGCAGUCAAACACACGCACUGACUUUGCCUGUUCCAAGCCCAUUGUUGAUUUUGUUUACAUUGUGAAGGUGGUCAACUCAACAGAUGAUGGCGUCUUCAAUUAUUACUCUACAGAAGUGAUCAAAGUUCUUCAAACAGGCAAAGAUGAAGAAAUUCACAUUGGUGCAACACGGGAACUCAUUCAAAGACUAUCUUGUGUAAACUUUGCUUUGUCCAUGGAAGCCCAGUACAUGUUCAUGAGUACUAAUACAGCCAUCACACCCACACUAGAUGCCAAUGGAAGCCCCAGGUACUUACUGAGCAGGGACGAGUGGCUGGAGAAGAUUCCGGAAAAGAGCCAGUGCCGAGGCAAAAGGGACCGCAAGGCCUGCCGGCUACUCCAGACCUUCAUGGAGCAGCAUGAGAUGAAGCGCUGUGCCCUCUGAACCGGCCUGAUGGACACACGCAUUAUGCUUAACGAAGCACCAUCAACGUAGUUAAUGAACCCGGAGUUUAUUACAGAAGACUGUUAAUCUCACAGAAGACUGAGAUCUCACACAGAGCAUGACGUUUAUUGCCGGAAGGUAAUUCUGUAAAACACUGUUUCACAUAAAAAAAAACCCAUCACUAAAUAGAUUCAUUUUCUAAAUGUAGGCCUAUGUUUCUAAUAACAGGGGCAGAGACCAGUAGAUCAGUAAACCAUGAGCUUUAAUUACCAAAGCAUAUUAACAGAAAUAAAAUCAUGGUCGUAUCAGUCAACACAGUCAAUGUAAUGCAACAAGGAGGCCCUGGGUAGGGAGCACCAUAGAUAUACAUAAUAAAGGCUAGAUGUCUUAUGGCGGAGUCUCUAACGGCAUCACCGACGCCCAUCUUGUCACAGGCAAGCUAUCUGGUGGGCUCUGUGGUACCUGAUGUAAGGUAUAUCUCUUCUUCUACUAAAGGCAGAACAAUGCCCCCAGGCUAUAACAAUGACACCUUCAGGUCACUACCUGUCAUUACAGUGCACCAUGGAAACACAAUGUUAUGAGUUAGCGAGCUGACUGUGGCAAGAUGGCCGCGAGGUGCGGACGUCGACCUCCAUUGGCCAGCAGCGCGGAUGAGACAUCUAGCCUUUAUUAUAUAUCUAUGGGGAGCACAGUUACAUUCCAAAAGUGUUUUAUCUAAUAAUACCCUAUAGGCCUACCACGGAAAUCACGUGUCUAAUUAAGGUGUAGGUAUGUGUUCCAGUGUUUAGUCAUGCCAGAGUGGUUUUGUAAGCAUAGCUUUGUUACGUUGCUUUUCAGAGUUAAUUUAAAUAUAUUUUAAACAUGUGAACAUGUUGAUUAAACAUGUUGGCUUGACUACACUGGUUGGGGUUGGUCUAGUAGGUUACAGGGAACAGUAGCAACCAUCAAUUGCUCAUUGAUGCAUUUGCUGUCAUCAGCAACUUGUGUGAUAACAAUAGCAGAUAUUGUCCUUAUUAAAUUGUUGACCUGGGUAUUUAUUUAUUUUAUGAAUAAAAUCAGAUUAUAGAGGUAUCUGUUAUGUAAGAUGUAUGAUAGUAGUCGAUCAUGUAAUUUGUGAAAUGCAGACUAAUAGAUUAACCGUUGCCUUCGAAACUUCGAAGGCUUUGAGUGGCAUUUGUCAUCCAAUCCCUCCCAUUACCUUUUCAUUACCUGUGCUCUCAAAGAUGCACAAACACACACAGAUAUCUGCAAGACAUAUUUGACCUUCAAAUUACCUUCAAGGGCAGCGCUAUUGGACUCUGCAACAGUAUUAAAGUUCAGGCUUCUUUUGUCACACCAGGGGCCUGUACUACGAAGGGAGCUUAACCUACCCAGAUGUAACCCAGGGUUACUUUGUUAAACCAGGGUUGACAAAACCUGGUUAUCUUAAGUGGUGUUAAUCGGUACUACGACGCUGA